UGAGAGAUCGCGAUAGUACUCACUCCUUUCAUUCUCGCAUCUCAGUCGUCUACUCAUCGUGUAGCUGGCCACACAACAUUGUCUGUCAAAACUCAUCAAUCAGCUGUCUUUUCCUGUUUUUACUCUUCUCUCAAAGUGCAAGUUGAAUAAUAAGUGCAUAUAACAAUGUUGGAUAACUAUUACACAACAGCUGACUAUGCAAAGUGCAACAGCGAGUUCCCUAAAAAGGUAGAGCUUCAUGUACACCUCGAUGGAACAAUUACACAUAAAACAGCCUGGGAGCUUGUUAGAUCGAAACAGUUACCACUCCCCGGAAACGGUACUUAUGAGGACUUUAGCAAAGCGCUACUAAUUACAGAACCAGAAAGUCUUCACCAUUUUCUAAGUCCGUACAAAUACAUCACUCCUGCCUAUGCGGGAGACAUGGCGGCUAACGAAAGGAUAGCUUACGAAUAUUGUAUGAAUGCAGCUAAAGACAACAUCAUCUAUGCUGAAGUCAGAUUCUCUCCCCAUAAGAGUUUGGGAGAGAAAGAGUACAACCGACUUGGAUUUGCAGGUCUGGAAGCUGUCGUGGAAGCAGUAAUAAGAGGAAUCGAGAGAGGAGAAAAAGAUUUUGGAAUCACCGUAAAGGUCCUGUUGACCGCUUACUAUGGCUGGAGCUAUGGUGACCAGUUCGAAGUCCUGAAACUUUGCCAAAAGUACGAUAAGGUGGUUGGAAUGGAUCUUUGCACAAAACAGCCUGACAAUGGAGUUUCAGACGAAGCCCCUGUGACUGCCGAACUUCUAUUUUUGUUCGAGGAGGCGAAAAAGACUGGAGUGAAAACUACAAUACAUGCCGGUGAAGCUAGUGGACCCAAAGCUAUAGAGAGGGCAAAAGACUACUACAGAUGCGACCGGAUAGGACACGGAUAUCACGCAGUGCAAGAUCCUGUCAUCUACAAGUCAUGUCUCGAGGAAAAGAUCCACUUGGAAUGUUGCCCUUGGUCCAGCCUCUUGACAGCAGCUGUCAAGCCGAGUGACAGUCACAGGAAGCAUCCUAUAGUCAGGUUUGCUGAAGAUGAAGCAAAUUUCUCUCUGAACUCUGAUGACCCAACUUUCACCGGAAAAUUCAUAAACGGUGAUUUCAUCUUAGCUCAAAGCUGGGGACUUACCAAGGAACAGAUCUCUCAAUCUAUCUUGAAUGCAGCUCUUGCUUCUUUUCUUCCUGAGAACGAGAAGAGUAAACUUGUCAAGGAAAUUGCUUCAACUUACCAUCUAAAAUAUUAAUUUCUAAAAUAAUUCUUAAACUAUACCAUGAUAUUCUAUUUUCUCCAAUAACGAUGGAACGAUGUAGCCUCAAUUAACAUGAAUGUGCGGUAUUUCCAGUGUAGUUUUUGUUUUCUCAUUUUAUGGAAUCGAUAAAAAAAUGGAAUGUGUUGUUUGAAAAAAAUAUUGAAAUGAAAACAACUUUAAUAUUUUUGGUUAUUGCUUGUUGUAUUCCUUGUGCGUUUGUCGUGUCAAUAAAAAACGUGUGUUUUUUCAAGUCCUGCUCUCCAAU